AUGCGAGUACUCAGUUCAUCUCGAUUUACUGUUCCUACUCUUCAUCUUUCGUCCUCAUCGUCUCUGUAUGUUUGUAGACGACAUUUGUCACUAUCUGAGUUGGCGAAGGCCUUUACUGAAAUGAGUGAAUCCGAUAAUACAGGAAAGACCGUAAGCAGUGCCUCUGCGGCAGAUUCCCAACGUUCCAGAAUGACAGAGCAUGUUAAGAGUGUAUCUUCAAGGAAUAAUAAUAAUAAUAAUAAUAAUAAUAAUAAUACUCUUACUUCGAGUGACAUGAAAUGGAAUAAAGAGACAAGAUUAGUCAGUAAUAGCAGUAACAUUGGAGUUGUGACGUUUUCAAUUGCGUAUAGUAAUUCACUUUCAUCCAUGACAGCAUCGCAACUUCUCAGGAUGUUAGAAACGGAGUGUAAACGACUUCAUCAUGGUCAUAUUAUUCAGUGUCUUAUGGAGGUAUGGUGUCGUCUGCGUAAAGCACCACCAUUAGAAAUUAUUAUCUCUGAUGAUGAGGCAUGCGGUGAGAAGGAUAACACUACUGCAUCUUUUUCUUAUUUUUCUUCUUCUUCUAAUUCUGAAAUGUCGUGGUUUUUUCGAAGUGACGACUUGUUGGAAGGUGUUCUUCGUGCAUUGGCAAAAACAAAUAUGGAGGGAUUACAAGAAAGUAAUAUGUUGGUAACAGAGUUUAUGGGUGUUGAUCAUAAUCCCAAUAGUAUAAAGGGAUGGGUAACAGAGUUUGGUCGCCUUGUGAUGGAAUGGCUUACCGCUCGUGCCGCCUUCUUAGACGCUUCUCGUAGUGCUACUUUUCUCCAUCUUAUCGCACAGCAGAAGUUAUUUCACUGUGAUGCCGUAUUAGAGACUCUGCGUGAUAAUAUCGAAGUGUAUUUUCUUAAACAACAUACACUGUGUACAUCCACACCUAUCCAUUCAGUGGAAACAUUUGGUGUGAGUGGAUUUGGUGUACUAUUGGAUGCUAUUGCACGUUGGCAAAUGGGGUUUGUACGAGUAUUAAAGGCGGAUGGAGUGGCAUCACGUUAUUUUUUAGAUACGAACAAUAUAACCAUGGCUAUAUCAAGAUAUCAUCAUCCUAUUCUUAGUGGUAAAUUUUAUAAUUUGGUGAUAGAUGGUUUACUGCGUGGUAUACGGAAUGGUUCCCUUCAUCUCACACGACAAGCUUCUUCAACAACGUUUUUAUUUCUUACACUUGCAUUAGCGAAAAUUCGUUGGUUUCGUGCAGAUUGUAUAGAAGUGUUACUUCCGCAAUUACAUGAGGCAUUAACUGUUUUCCCUGCACAAUUCUUUGCCGUUGUGCUUUUGCUUGGGCGACGUGAAGUGAAGGUGUGUGCAGUGGAGACCACAGAGUUACUACUACAGGUAUUAUCAGAUGCUAUGCAGAAACGUGGACGACGUUACUCCGCAGUGGAUACACGUAGACGACACAAAACAGAUGCUGCAUCUAUUAUUCUCGCAGCAUCAUCAUCAUCAUCAUCAUCAUCAUCGUCAGCAACAACAACAAUAGCGACAGGAGGAGCAGAGGCGGAAUUACAAUCUAUUACUUCAUUCGAUUUCACAAUGAAUGAUGAAAUGUGUACAACAACAACAACUACUACUAAUACUACUACUAAUACUACUACAUCUACUACGUAUGCCGAUAAUAAUGUUCAUGAUGGUGAUAUUAGUGAUAAUUAUAAUGAUGAUUUUCAAUUGUUUUCAACCUCGUCAUUAACCACUGGAGAUUAUGGGAACACUACUACCUUUUCUAAAAAUACUGAGAAGGGUAUGGAAAACUCUUCUUUACCACGGAUGGUAUUUACUACAAGUUUUAUCGAUAUUCGUUCCAUGCCUGUAUUCCUUGAUAGUCUUCAUCAUAUAUUAUCAAUAACACAUGAGUACUGUGAAACUCAUGGUCGUUUAUCCCAUUUGGAUUUACUGAAUACAAAGUCAAAGAUAUUAUAUGAUGCGUUACUAAAUGAUACACAUGCUAGUGUCAAAUCUAUACACGCACUUAUCGCAUCUCCUGAUUUAGUUGAAAAACUUCUGCGUUCUGUAUUGACUAUUCCUCUAGAUAAUUAUCAUCCACUACUUGUGGAACUAGCAUAUGCAUUUACACGACACGUUGGUAUGCGACGUGUGGCAGCAACAGAAACAACAAAUAAUACUACUACUACAGGAGGUAAUAGUAACAAGAAGAACAUAGUUACUACUCCCUUUUGGCAGAAACGUGUACUAAGUCUUGUGGAGAUGUUAAUAUUACGUGGUAUACUUACACCUGAUACUUAUAUUAUGAGUGAAGAAGUUGUUUCUAUUGCCCCACGUGUGGUGGAAGAAGUGGAGGCUGAAAAGAAACGAAUAUUGGAACGCUAUUGUGAGCGACAGGAGCGUCUUCGGGGUAAAAGUGUAGACGUGGGGAAAAGAAAGGUGCGGUUGGGAGCUGUGUUUUCAAAGUUUUCACGAGUUGUUGGAAGAAUAAAGGAGCAACAAAAUCAUUUAUGA